UGUUUGCGGAGCUGCUUUUCUCUCGAGGAUGUCGAGGUUCCGAAGCGCUUCCUGCCGCUGCCGCGGGGGGACCCUUUCGGAGCGUCCUACGUUUCCGACCGGAGCGAAGGGACAGGGGACCGGAAGUCGCGUGCUUCCCCGCAGCCACGAUGGAGGCCGGUACCGGAGCCAAACGGAGCCUGGAGGAGCAGGAGCGGACGGACUCGGAGUCAGAGGAGGAACCGGCGGCGGCGGCGGUCCGAGGAGACUUCGCAGCGGGCUUCGCGUUCUCUGAGAAGGAAGCGGCGGCAGGGCCGGGCGGCGGGGCCUGGGCGGAGGCGCUGGGGCAGCUGAAGCGCAAGCGCUGCGCCACCAGCUUGGACGAGAAAAUCGCGACGGUGCGGAGGCAGCGCCGAGCUCAGGAGAAGGCGACCAAAGAAGGAGCGGCAAGCAGAGAGUGUGGAGGGGCCACCGGGGAAAAUGAGGCAAAGGCCGGGGGAGACAGCGAGGAGGAAGAGGAAGAGGAGCUGCAGUCGGAGCCUUCCUCGGCCGACGAGAGCGUCUUCGCCAAAGCUGAUAUGCUAAAGCUGAAGGAGCGGUGGAAACAGAAACAUGGUGAAAAGGAGGAAACCACACAGUUCUUUCAGGAAGACGCUUCGCAGUAUGAUGAUAGUUUGUCCUUCCAAGAUAUGAACCUCUCUCGGCCCUUGCUGAAGGCUAUAACUGCUCUGGGCUUCAAGCAGCCUACCCCGAUCCAGAAGGCCUGCAUCCCUGUAGGACUGUUGGGGAAGGACUUGUGUGCGUGUGCAGCCACAGGAACAGGAAAGACUGCGGCCUUCAUCCUUCCUGUCCUGGAGCGCCUGAUCUACAAACCUCGGCAGGCCCCCGUCAGUCGGGUGUUAGUGCUGGUGCCAACUCGGGAGCUGGGCAUCCAGGUGCAUUCCGUUACAAAGCAGCUGGCUCAGUUCAGCAGCAUCACCGUGUGCCUGGCAGUGGGUGGCUUGGACCUCAAGACCCAGGAGGCAGCCCUGCGCUCUGGCCCUGACAUUCUCAUCGCCACUCCUGGCCGCCUCAUUGACCAUCUGCACAACUGUCCCUCCUUCCACCUGGGCAGCAUUGAGGUCCUCAUUCUGGAUGAAGCCGACCGGAUGCUGGAUGAAUAUUUUGAGGAGCAGAUGAAGGAGAUCAUUCGGAUGUGCGCUCGACACCGCCAGACCAUGCUCUUCUCUGCCACCAUGACGGACGAGGUCAAGGAUUUGGCUUCGGUUUCUUUGAAAAACCCCGUCCGGAUCUUUGUGAACAGCAACACAGAGGUGGCCCCCUUUCUGCGCCAGGAGUUCGUCCGCAUCCGGCCCAGCCGCGAGGGGGACAGGGAGGCCAUUGUGGCAGCUCUGCUGACCCGGACCUUCCCUGACCACGUGAUGCUCUUCAUCCAGACCAAGAAACAGGCCCACCGCCUGCACAUCCUCCUGGGCCUGAUGGGCCUGCGUGUCGGGGAGCUGCACGGCAACCUUUCCCAGGCCCAGCGCUUGGAGGCUCUCCGGCAGUUCAAGGACGAGCAGAUCGACGUCCUGGUGGCCACCGAUGUUGCCGCCCGAGGCCUUGACAUUGAAGGCGUCAAGACAGUGAUCAACUUCACCAUGCCCAACACCACCAAGCACUAUGUCCACCGGGUGGGGCGCACAGCUCGGGCGGGGCGCGUGGGCCGCUCCGUGUCCUUAGUGGGCGAGGAAGAGCGCAAGAUGCUGAAGGAGAUCGUCAAGGCUGCCAAGGCCCCCGUGAAGGCCAGGAUCCUCCCCCAGGAUGUGAUUCUGCGCUUCCGGGAGAAAAUUGAGAAGCUGGAGCCAGAUGUGUACGCUGUGCUGCGCCUGGAGCGGGAAGAGCGGGCGCUGCAGUGCUCGGAGGCCCAGAUCAACACUGCCAAGCGGAGGUUGGAAGCCGGUUCCCAGCCAGCAGGGGCUGGGGGCACUCCCCGCAGCUGGUUCCAGAGCCAGGAGGAGAGGAAGAACGAGAAGCUCGCCAAGGCCCUGCAGGAGUUUGACUUUGCGCUUCGAGGCAAGAAGAAGAGAACCAAGUUUGUGAGGGAUUCCCAGAAGAAGGCUCAGCCUACGCCUGAGGAACGUUCCCAGUUUGAGAUCUUGAAGGCCCAGAUGUAUGCCGAGCGACUAGCCAAAAGGAGCCGCCGGCCCAAGCGAGCCCGGGCCAUGCCGGAGGAAACGCCGCCGACAGAAAUGGAGGCUGGGCCCAAGAAGCAGUGCAAGAAGAAAACUUCGGCAUUUGACGUGGAGCUCACCAACACGAACGAGAAAGCCCUCAAGCAGUAUCGAGCAGGGCCUUCCUUUGAAGACCGCCAGCGUCUGGGCCUUCAGGGGAGAAGGAAAGGAGGAAAAUUUAAAACCAAGUCCAGGUACAGGCGGAAGUGAGCGCACCUGGGGGCCGGGUGGCAGAGGCCUCCACCUGGCAGCCCUUGUGGAAUUCAAGAUCUCUUCAGAUCAGCUCUCGGGGCAGCAGCAGCCGAGCAGUUGGAACCGAGCAGUGCCCAGAAAAAAAACACCUGGCUGCUUUGGGACUUGGCUGAAGAAUUGGACCUUGGGAGGGAUGUCAGGAGGACCUCUCUUGUGGUCCAUUUUCUCGCUUCUCUGGAACUUCCUAGGAAGACCCUGAGACCAAAUAAACAACUAUGUUGUUGACUCAUCUACGUUGCUGCCUUGCUAUGGAGCCCGAGGGUUUUGUGUGAUCUUUACCUAACAACUAUUAAAGGAGGUUAUGAAAAUUCCAA